CCAAAAUGAUAUGACGUAGGCCUAAUUGUAAAGAUUACAUAUAGGAACCAUAGAUCGAACUAAGGCCCGAUUUAUCGGACGUAUUUAAUGUUCGUUGUAUAGAUACUGGGCAAACGGGUUGAGAAGAUUGUUGACUGCUGUUAUAGUAUGUGACUUUUCCUGAGUAAUACCAAGACUGCAAUGGCGGCAAUAACGAAAGCGGGGUUCUUCAGCCUAAAUCUUCGGUUUCUCAACGAUGUGGAUAAUGCACAGAUAUCCUAUAUGAAAGGAGAGCAAACAGUGGAACUGAGGACAGCCCCUCCCUGUAUGGUACCAGUUAUAAGGAACAUUGAAGCGGUGCUCACAUUUAUCCAACCGUUAUAUAAAAGACAUGGCCUGUUUAUGAUGGAACAAAUUCAUAAUGAAUAUCCUGAUAACAUAAAUACGGUUGCAAAUCUGAUUGAAAUAAAGAAGAAAUUACAGAUGGAUACCAAAGCGCACGAAGAGAAACUUGCAGAGAUGCAAUCAAAUGAUGGUAAUAGGCUUGAACAAGCCAGGUGCCUACUUGAAAUUGGUUACAUUCUUUUAACUGACGUACAUGCAGAGGUCCAGAAAUCGGUAGACGAAAAACUGGCAGAUAUUUGCAAGCAGCUAGAAUUCCAAACGGCAUUGAUUAACGCGCCAGGGAAGGCGGAAACGUUUGGACAUGCCUUUAUAGCCUGGAGAGACGCCACAAACAAUAUCAAACAUCUCCUACCAGAAUCGUGCUUAGAUGGUACUAAGCGGGAACAAACCGAGGCAAUCAAAUAUUUUGAGGAUGGACUGGCCAUGAUGACGCCCGGUACGGAGACUGGCAUUUGGAAACAUAAUUUAGCUAGAGCACACAGUCGUGUAGGUACAGCUGACAGGAACAUAUCAAGGACAAGUGAGAGGAAAAAACACAUGAUCCAUGCACUCCAGAACUUCCUGGAAUGUAUUUCAGAAAUACGACAAGACACGGACCCUUUGAAAGUUUACGUGGCCCGUUCCUAUGCAUAUGUAGGUCAUUUGAUUGCGACAAGGAAUAAAGAGAUUAAAGGAAAGGAAGAUCCCAUUCCUAGUUUCAUCGACCGAAACCAGAAGUUCCGUUGUCUUUGGGAGGAUCCAAUGGAAGCUUUCAAAAGGGCACACAGCAUAUUCGAUGACGACAGAGUUGUUCACAGCAGACAUGGGCUGACCUUGAAAGAUAAACGAAUUUCAACUCAAAAUGAAGACUAUGGACAACGUAUCCGUCAGGCAAUCCAAUGUUUCAACAAUGCGUUACGGAUUGAAAAAAUACACAACUGGUUUGCUUACUCUCAACUCUGUCAGGCAUACAUGGAGCUGUAUAAAUUUGAGAAAAAGUUGUUUUUGGACAACAAAGACCCGGAACCUAACAAAAAUAAUUUGGACGAAGCCAUAAAGAAUGGACAACUCUCCCUUCAGCAACGAGUUACAUCAAAAACACUGCUGAACAUCACAGAAGCGUUUUAUCUUAAAGCCGUAAAACCAAAGACGGAGAAAGGUCUUGAAAUCAUCGAAGAUUUGUCUUGCAUAUCAACUGCUCAAGAAUUCAUUCAAAGAGCAAUUGACCACCAUGACUGCAAAGAACACGAAAAAUUAAGAAUUUUUCUGGGGAAAUGUCUCUUUCAUAAAGGAGACAAAAAGGCGGGGAUAGAGGAAAUGUUGGAUGUUCUCACGAAAGAUCGAAAUACCAUCACCGAACCACAUUACUUUCGAGAACUUCUGAUCAUGAUGAUCAACGAAUUUAGGACGUGGAAAGACGACAGAAGAAACGAAGCCAAGAGUAGACAACGACGGCAAAAGCUGCGAAAGAUCUGGUGUGUUCUUGUAAGCGGCAAAAUGACAUACAAAAAAAGAUUGAAGCACCCACUCAUUGGUAUUUUAAACUUAUACCCACAUGAAUUCAUCGUCCUGCUCAGAGAGGUAUACAGUUUCAAAACCAGAAGCAAGGAAGAUCAGGAGCUAGCAAACGAAUGCUUGGACGCCCUGAAAAACCACAAUGGGAAAGACGUCAAAAGACGAGCACGUGAAAUAGAGGAAAUACAACCGGAGGAAACAGACAGCAUAGUCAACCACCAAGGACAAGUGGCAAUAUAUGACUGUUGUAUAUGCUAUAGCAAGGAAGAUGCUAUUUGGACAAAAACGUUCAUUGAGGACAGAAGACAUAUCCAGAAAUGGAAACCAUGUUUAAAAGUGGAAGGUUUGCGCUUUGGGGAGAGAAUGAAGUUCCUGUUCAUCAUUUCGGAUAGCUUUAACAGGGAUCCGGAUUGCAUGGCAAUGCUGAGCGCGGUGAAAGGCAAUCACCCAACUAGUAACCGAUUGAUACCAGUCCUGAAGUACAAUGCUACGUCACUUCCAGAGCUUCUUAAAGAUGUCCAGCCAAUCGAUUUUACCGCAUUGAAAAAUAACAGUGAAAAAUUGACAGCGGCGCUUCUCCAACCAAUUGAUGAUUUCAAUGUACCGGGAGCUCCAGCCAUUCAAACCCCGAUGGUUGAUGUAUCGGAGGGCAUACCUGGUGGUGAUUCGGACGGAAUGGAAGUUGACGAACCAACUACAGCCAAACGAACGAAGACAGACAACGUGACCGACGGACAAGUUCAUGACACUGAACUAUCCUGGGCAGAACAAGUACAAAAGAAUAGCGAGGAACCAAAAGACGAAACCGAAAUGGAAGCACAUUUGGGCGAUUCAGGACAAUCAUUACCAGAUAAUGCUGAAAUGGAUUCUGGAUUUGUCAGUGGAAACAUUUAAAAUAAAGUAUAUGGAUAUGUUUGACAACUAAUAAUAUGAAAAUAACAAGUUAUGUAUUGUGAUAAUGAAGUGGAACACAUACAUGUAUUAAGGCCAUUGAACUAAUUAUCUUUAUGUGGUUUGUGCUAGUAAUAUCUGCCUACUCCUCUUUAUACCCUUAAACAUACAUAUCAAAUAAUGAUUUAUAGAGACUGUAAUACCUGCCUAUUGUCCGAAUCUUGUUUCUUCUUUUUAGAGCAUAUCAUAUUGAUUUGAAAUAGAUUCACAUUGCGGGUGUCGUACAUGUAGAUGAAACAUGUUUACCCUUCCGGAACAGGACAUAUUCUCCAAGUACCUUUCAAAGUUAUCCAUAUAAUUGUUCAUAUUUCGCUUUUUUUUUUUUUUUUUUUUUGCAGUUUUAAGUUGUUGAUACAGAGUUUGUUGGCUGCUAUACCGAGUGUAUUAUAGACUAGAAGUUAACAGUAUCAUACAGAAGCCUUCAAAUUAUUGUUUUUAUUUAAAAUACGUUGAACCAUUCUGAGCAGAAUUAAGGAGUUAAAGAGAUUGAUGAACUAUUGUCUAACAGUUUAAAUCGGAUAUAAAAAUGAACUUUUUAUGUACCUCUUAAAGAGAAUGACUACAUAUUUUGUCGAUUGAUUAUCUUUUAGUAUAGAAACCUGUUAAAAUUCUUUGACCAAAUAUGGCAUUGUUUGGAAUUGGCGAGUGUUCUCGAUGAAGCAAAGGGCACUUAAUUGCUUGAUCUUGUGAUCAUAACUGCGCUUUCUCAGUGUAUUUUAUUAUUUCAUAUGAUCAAGAUGUGUAUUUUUGUUAAUGCAGUGAUCGAUUUUCCUAAUGCUGUGAUUUUCUUAAGAUAUUCAUUUUGUAGAAUGAUUUGUAGAUUUUAUUUACUUUUAUGAAUUAUUACAUGACGUUCCAUAAGCCUUAUAUGUUGUAAUUCAUCAAUGGCAGUGUUUCAAAUAACACGUUUGUUUAAAAGUUAUUAUAUGGGCUUAAUUGUUAGUUACCCACCUACAAUAAGACAGAAAUGUUCUGUCGUGUAUAACCCUGUUUAUCUUAAUAACAGGUUGGGCGAUAUACGAGGGCUGGUUGAUAAGUCGUGAGCCUCAUAUUGAAGGAUUUGAAUUUUGCCGGACAUAUUGUAUUACUUUUUAACAUAAUCCCCUUCCGUAUCGGGACCUCAAUGUCACUUUUAUAGAGCUCCUUUUCGUGGCUGUUAAGAAAGUCACCCACUGCAUGUUAGGGUUAGCGUUAGGGUUAGGGUGCCUGAAAUAGUUGUUUUCAGUUUUGGAAAUAGAUGAAAGUCUGAUGGAGUGAGAUCAGGU